AUGAGAUUCCGCGCGCCACCCGCACUCGCAUUCUUCAGAAAGGACAGCAAAAGGGAAAGACAAGAACACAACACAGAGCUUCAUCUUCCCGCCACAAAACUUCGUUCCCGUCCGAUUACGCCUCUCCCAUUUCCGCUUCUUCUCACUCCAAACUUUUCAUGCUUCUUCUCCGCAUACACUGAUCCUUUGCCUCUCCGUUCCUCAAGGAUUCGCGGAACCCCUAAAGGCCUGACCAUGGCUGAUUCCAGGGCUCUUCCUGCUCGCUGCGCAGUGGGGAUCGUUAAGAGUAUCCGCCUGGAGAACUUCAUGUGUCACAGCAACUUGCAUAUUGAGUUUGGCGAGUGGGUUAAUUUCAUUACUGGUCAGAACGGAAGUGGCAAGAGUGCUAUAUUGACUGCUUUAUGUGUGGCAUUCGGCUGUCGAGCUAAAGGAACCCAAAGGGCAUCAACGUUGAAGGAUUUUAUUAAAACUGGUUGCAGUCAUGCUGUCAUCCAUGUUGAAUUGAAAAAUAAUGGGGAGGAUGCUUUUAAGCAUGGAAUAUAUGGUGACGUCAUAAUUAUUGAGAGAAGGAUUUCUGAAUCCACCAGUGGUAUUGUUUUGAAGGACUCUCAAGGAAAAAAGGUUGCAGGUCGGAGGGAUGAACUUCGAGAGCUAGUAGAACAUUUUAAUAUAGAUGUUGAGAAUCCAUGUGUAAUAAUGAGUCAGGACAAAAGUAGAGAGUUCCUGCAUUCUGGGAACGACAAAGACAAAUUUAAGUUCUUUUUCAAGGCUACUCUUCUUCAGCAAGUUGAUGAUCUAUUGAAAAACAUUUUUGAUCAAUUGAGAUCUUCGAAUGCGCUUGUUGAUGACUUGGAGUCUACCAUACGACCUGUAGAGAAGGAACUAAAUGAGCUGCAAGUAAAAAUUAGAAACAUGGAGCAUGUAGAAGAAAUCUCUCAACAGGUCCAACAUUUAAAGAAAAAGCUUGCUUGGUCAUGGGUAUAUGAUGUAGACAAACAACUUCAAGAGCAUAGUGCAAAAAUAGGAAAGCUCAAAGAUCGCGUUCCUAUUUGUCGAGCAAAAAUUGAUCAUCAAGUGGGUCUGGUGGAAAAGUUAAGAGAACGUCAUAUCGAGAAGAAGGCUCAAAUUGCAAGCAUGAUGGAGAAAACUUCCGAAGUGAGAAGAAUGAAGGAUGAAUUGCAAGAAACCCUUUCCUUGGCAACAAGAGAGAAUCACGGACUUGAAGAGGAGCAUUGCCGCAAAAUGAACUACAUCCAAAAGAUGGUUAAGCGUGCUAGGCUGCUUGAGCAACAAGUUCAUGAUAUUCAUGAGCAGCACAUGAAAAAUACACAGGCUGAAGAAUCUGAAAUUGAGGAAAAGUUGAAGGAACUCGAAUUGGAGUCUGAAGCUGCUAAAUCAACAGUAAUGAGGUUGAAGGAGGAGGAGAAUGCCUUAUUGGAUAGCCUACAAAGUGUGAGAAGUGAAAUAAAAAGGAUUGCUGAAGAGAUUGAAGGUUAUGAGAAAAGGCAUUACGAAUUUUCUCACUCUAUUCGAGAGCUUCGGCGACAUCAAACAAACAAGGUCACAGCUUUCGGAGGUGAUAGGGUCAUUCAAUUAUUACGUGCAAUUGAGAGACAACAUCAAAGAUUCAAGAAACCUCCCAUUGGCCCAAUUGGUUCCCAUCUGAAUUUGGUUAACGGUGAUAUGUGGGCUCCUGCUGUUGAAAAUGCCAUCGGGAGGUUGCUCAAUGCUUUCAUUGUGACUGAUCAUCGAGAUUCUCUUCUUUUGAGAGGAUGUGCAAAUGAAGCUAAUUAUAAGCAACUCCCGAUUAUCAUCUAUGACUUUUCAAGACCAUUGUUAAAUAUUCCAGCUCACAUGCUUCCUCAAACAGAGCACCCUACAACCCUUUCAGUCGUUCACUCUGAAAACCAUACUGUCAUCAAUGUUUUGGUAGAUAAGGGUGAUGCUGAGAGGCAAGUGCUCGUUAAAGAUUAUGAUGUGGGUAAAUCAGUCGCAUUUGACCAACGGAUCUCAAACCUCAAGGAGGUUUAUACAUUAGAUGGAUACAAAAUGUUUUCUCGUGGUUCUGUUCAGACAAUUCUUCCCCCAGCUAGGAGACCUAGAAGUGGCAGACUAUGUAGUUCUUUUGAUGAUCACAUCAAAAGUCUUGAAAGAGAUGUAUUGAAUGUAAAAGAAGAAACCGAGCGAUGUAGGAAGAGGAAGAGAGCUGCAGAAGAACAACUCGGGGAUCUUGACGAGAACCUAAGCAAUGCAAAGAGGAAGUGUCGGAGUGCGGAACACUUUUUAAUGUCCAAAAAUUUGGAGCUGCAAGAUUUACGGAAGUCGCAAGUUGCUGAAACUAAUUCAUUACCUUCAUCAAAUGUUGAUGAGCUUCAUCAAGAAAUUUCUAAAAUCCAAGAGGAGAUACAAGAGAAUGAGAUGCUACUGGAAAAGUUGAGAGUUAGAAAGAAAGAAGCGGAAGCAAAGACAAAAGAUCUUAAAGUAUCAUUUGAGAAUCUGUGUGAGUCGGCAAAAGGAGAAGUUGAUGCAUUUGAAGAAGCUGAGAGAGAGAUGUUGCAGAUUGAACGAGAUCUGCAUUCUUCAGAAAAGGAAAAGGAUCAUUAUGAAGGUAUUAUGGCUAACAAGGUCCUUUCUGAUAUCAAAGAAGCAGAGAGACAAUAUGAGGAGCUUGAGCGCCACCGUAAGGAGAGUUACAGUAAGGCUUCAAUAAUAUGUCCUGAGAGUGAAAUUGAGGCUUUAGGUGAUUGGGAUGGGAGCACACCUGAACAACUCAGUGCACAUUUAACGAGGCUAAAUCAGAGACUUAACAAUGAGACCCGGCGAUGUUCUGAAUCUCUGGAAGACCUGAGAAUGAUGUAUGAGAAAAAGGAACGUACAAUCAUAAGAAAACAACAGACUUACAGAACUUUUAGAGAGAAGUUGAAUGCUUGCCAGAAAGCUCUAGAGCUGCGGCGCAGAAAGUUUGAAAGGAAUGCUAAUCUUUUGAAGCGCCAAUUGACUUGGCAGUUUAAUGGUCAUUUAAGGAAAAAAGGGAUCAGUGGACAUAUAAAAGUUAAUUACGAGGAAAAGACCCUCUCAAUUGAGGUGAAGAUGCCCCAAGAUGCAUCCAGCAGUUCUGUUCGUGAUACCCGUGGACUUUCAGGUGGAGAACGGUCAUUCUCAACUCUAUGCUUUACUUUAGCGUUACAUGAAAUGACAGAAGCCCCAUUUCGCGCAAUGGAUGAGUUUGAUGUGUUUAUGGAUGCAGUAAGUCGAAAGAUCAGCUUAGACACUCUCGUGGAUUUUGCAUUGGCACAAGGCUCCCAAUGGAUAUUUAUUACCCCUCAUGAAAUCGGCAUGGUAAAACAAGGAGGACGAAUCAAGAAGCAGCAAAUGGCAGCUCCUCGAUCAUGAUCUUCCUUCCGUAUGUAUUUUUGUGAGCUCAAUGCCGUUCAAGGUUCAACCAUCUUUGUAUGUUACCCAUCCUGCACCAUCUUUUUAACUUAUUCACCCUUCUGGAAAUUUCAGCCAACUUGUAUGUAUUGCUUCUGAAAGUUACUUAGAAUCAUGAAACUGUAGAAAAGGGGAAAAGAUUUAAAUUAGAGCCGUUGAUAUCUGUAAGAAAUAGAAAUGGGAAAUUUAGAGGUGAAAGGAAAAGUAAUGCUUUCUUAUAUAUGUUUGAUGUACGGGAGCCCAGUAUCUUUUAACAAUGGUUAUUCUUUUUCAUUUAUCAAUGAAAAAUCCGUCUCUUGUUAGUAAAAUAGGAGAGUUUCAGCA